GCGUGCCCGGCCCGCGCUCCGAUGGCGGCGGCGGCGGAGGCGGAUGGGGAGGAGGGGGAGCCCUGCCCCGACCUGGUCCCCAUAGACGCCGGCGGCGCGGAGCAGCGCGAGCUCGGCCCCAGCAGGAAGAUCCCCGUCACCAUCAUCACGGGAUACCUGGGAGCUGGGAAAACAACUCUUCUAAAUUACAUAUUGACAGAACAGCAUAAUAAAAGAAUAGCAGUUAUUCUGAAUGAGUUUGGAGAAGGAAGUGCCUUGGAGAAAUCUCUGGCAAUCAGUCAAGGGGGAGAACUCUAUGAAGAAUGGUUGGAGCUCAGAAAUGGCUGCCUGUGCUGUUCAGUAAAGGACAGUGGUGUGAAGGCUAUUGAGAACCUGAUGCAAAGGAGAGGAAAAUUUGACUAUAUAUUGUUAGAAACAACAGGUUUGGCAGAUCCAGGCGCUGUGGCCUCCAUGUUCUGGGUUGAUUCUGAGCUGGGAAGUGACAUCUAUCUUGAUGGUAUUGUAUCUGUUGUUGACGCAAAGUAUGGAUUGCAACACUUGACAGAGGAGAAGCCAGAAGGCCUUAUCAAUGAAGCAUCUCGGCAGGUUGCAUUGGCUGAUCUUAUAAUCAUCAAUAAGACAGAUUUGGUUUCAGGAGAAGAACUGGAUAAAGUCAGAGCAUCUGUAAGGUCAAUAAAUGGACUUGUUAAAAUUAUAGAGACGCAAAGAUCAAGAGUUGAUCUCUCAAGUGUCUUGGACCUGCAUGCUUUUGACAGUUUAUCUGGAAUAAGUUUGCAGAAAAAGCUUGAACAUGUAAAGACAACACAUGCACAUCUAGAUAAGGGCAUAAUUACAGUAACAUUUGAAGUUCCAGGAAAUAUAGAAGAAGAAAACUUAAAUCUCUUCAUUCAGAAUCUCCUGUGGGAGAAGAACAUGAAAGAUAAGACUGGACACACUACGGAUGUUAUUAGACUGAAGGGACUGGUAUCUAUUCAAGGCAAAUCUCAUCAGGUGAUAGUCCAAGGUGUCCAUGAGCUCUAUGAUCUGGAGGAGACUGCAGUAGCCUGGAAAGAAGAUGAAAAGAGAACUAAUAGACUGGUCCUAAUAGGCAGGAACUUGGAUAAAGAGACCAUCAAAGAAGAUUUCAUAGCCACUAUGAGAGAGAAACAACGAAACAGUUGACAUCACACUACAAAAAACAUGAAAUGCCUGCUUAACCCUGCAAGUUUUUUAUGACAAAAGACUGGAUGAAAUGCAGUAUACUCCUUUGUUUUUCAUCUUGCAAUUUACACAACAGUUAAACCCUGGAGUCUUCUUAGGACUCCCAGCUGACCUCCUGUUUAAAGAUUAGGUCUUACAGUUUAGAAUCAAACACGAAGGAUUUGGCUUGUAUCAGUUAUGUCAGCAACCCUGUCAGCAAUGCAGAUAGGGAAAAUAAUAGUUUAUGCUGUACAUGAAGUAUUACAGUAGGACUAUAGUAAAUGUUUUUGAAGCCUAGUGCUUUCUCCAGGUAACAGCUCUCUUUUUCUACUGAAAAUGAAGUGAUUAUUGCCUGUGAUGUAAUCACAGUGAAAACUAUUUAGUGUUUACUAUUAAACUGUCUUAAAUCUUU